GCAGUGUUUUUACACACCCUCGCUUGUCACCUCGGCCGCGCGCCUCCAGUUUGGUCAGGGCGCUAUGAUUUACACCAAAUACCCCGACAGAGGUUCAGUUCUUCAGAUUUAUCGCAGUUUGUCGUGAAGAAUCUGAUGUUUACUGUCCUGUGAGAGAGAGAGAAAGACGGCGAUGUCAGGAGGCGGUGGGCAGCUCAGCGUCAGACAGUGGACCCCUAAACACGUGGGCCGCUGGCUACGCGAGGAGGGCUUCUGCGAUUACGUGGACCUGCUGUGUAACAAACACCGUCUGGAUGGAACCAGCCUGCUGACGCUGAGCGAGUACGACCUGCGCUCUCCUCCGCUGGAGCUGAAGGUUCUGGGGGACAUCAAACGGUUGAUGGUUUCUCUCAGGAAGCUCCAGAAACAGAACGCUGACUUGUUAGAAGAGCUCGGGCUGUCUUACGAUGGACAUUCGCCCCAGAACAGCGGACCAGACUGGUUGUGUAACGGCGACUCCGUUCGUGAUUGUGACACUGUUCUGGACACGUUGAGCGGCGAGCAGUAUCAUCAGUACAACAAUGGCAAGUACAAGCAGCAGGUGCGGAGACUGGAUCCAGAGUACUGGAAAACAAUCAUGAGCUCCGUCUACGUGGUCUUCGUCUUUGGCUUCACGUCAUUCGUCAUGGUGAUCGUGCACGAACGAGUGCCAGACAUGAGGACGUACCCUCCACUUCCUGACAUCUUCCUGGACAGCGUACCCAGAAUCCCCUGGGCUUUUUCGAUGGCAGAGGCCUGUGGUGUGAUCUUGUGCUGUAUUUGGCUGCUAGUGUUGCUUCUUCAUAAACACAGGUCAAUCCUGUUGAGACGUUUGUGUAGUCUCAUGGGUACGGUCUUUAUGCUGCGGUGUGUUACCAUGUUUGUGACAUCACUGUCUGUACCGGGUCAACAUCUUCAAUGCACUGGGAAGAUAUACGGUGACAUGUGGGCGAAGCUUCAGCGUGCUGUGGCCAUAUGGAGCGGGUUUGGAAUGACCCUCACUGGAGUCCACACGUGUGGCGAUUACAUGUUUAGCGGUCACACAGUCGUUAUCACCAUGCUAAAUUUCUUUGUCACUGAAUACACGCCGCGCAGCUGGAACUUUAUACACACGCUGUCAUGGGUUCUGAACCUCUUCGGGAUCUUCUUCAUCCUAGCGGCCCAUGAGCAUUAUUCCAUCGACGUCUUCAUCGCGUUCUACAUCACCACCAGACUCUUCCUGUAUUACCACACGCUGGCCAACACACGGGCGUACCAGCAGAGCCGCCGUGCAAGAAUCUGGUUCCCCAUGUUCUCAUUUUUUGAGUGCAACGUUAACGGUCCCGUACCGAAUGAGUACUGCUGGCCAUUCGCUCGACCUGCUAUAUUUAAGAGUCUCAUUCGCUAACACACAUCUCAGGCCUGUUUGGCAAUGUUUGUACUGCUGAUUCUGAACAGAUUGUUUGGCUUAUUUCUGCGUUGCCAUGAUGGACGCCAAAGACUGCGUCUAACUCACAACAUGCACACAAUGACUGGAACAAUAAAUGUUCAUUACUGUAAAUAUAUAUCUUCUCCAUGGAUACUGAGGAUCCACAAGUUUUUAUUUUUGUUGCCCAACACUAAAAUCAUUAAACUGAAACUUGGGUCUUUUAAAAUCCUUUGCAUGACAUUUUGUCAGUAUUAAUUUUGACUGGUUUGGUAAGAGUAGAUACUUGAUGUUGUGAUCUAAAGACGUUUCAACUUCAGCAUUGUAAGAUAAUUUCAUGAUCGGUCUUUGAAGCAAUAGAAAACAUCCUACGUUCUUGAACCUUUUACAUGUAAAAGACUUUUGUUUUGUUGCCAUAAUUGUUUUGUGUCAGAUUCAUUUCUUUCCUAGUGCAGAUGUUCUUUUGGCAGUAUUAGUUUAAUACCCAAUAAUACAAUGGUAUUUCUCGAUUUUGGGUAAAUCUCAGAAAGCAAGUUAAAGGAAAACAAUUAAUGCCAUUUUGCUCAUGGAAAAUUAAAGACAAAAUUAAGACUUAUUUUAAGACAUUUAAAAUAUUUUACUUUUAAUUUUUUAUGACAAUUAAGCACUCCCACCAAGUUCUUACAGUUAAAUGUGAUUGUCAUUAGAUUGUUGUACCCUAAAAAAUACAAAUCAGUUUAGGAAAAAGGUUAGGAUCAGUUUUUUCUUUAGAUUAUGGUGAUAAUUUCUAAGGUAAAAUGUCUGUAAUUGUCAUAAAAAUUAAAGUCUCAGUUCAUAUAAUCUUAAUAGUUUUAUUAAGUUUUAUUAGUCUAUUUUUUUUCUUAAAGGUUGAAAUAUGACCCAAACAUAUUCUUGAUAAUUUUCAUGAGACAUGUUUUAAGUAUAUUGUCGAAACUUAUGGUAAAUGAUUUUUACCACUUCAUUCCAGUUGCCAAUGAUGUCUCUUUGUAUUUUCAUUUUUUACAUUAAAUAUCUCUGAAUUAUUAUCAGAUUUAUAUUAUA